AUGAAAGCCUUGGGUCCUAACACCUUUAGACUCAUGAAGAAAUCAAGAAAAGCUGCCAAAGUAUCCUAUCAAGGAUUGAAGGAAUUGGUCAAGUUUGGAAAUUUUGUUGAAUUUGAAAACACUCCUACUGCUAGUUCCAUUAAUGUUGAGGUUGUCGAGGAACAUGUUGCACCUAAACCAAAAUUUCAAUUUGCAUUUGAAGAGGUUGAAACAUAUGAUGGUGAUGAAGAAGAAGAGGUUCAAGAAAGGGAUAUGAUAGAGAAUGAGUUUGAAGAUUUUGUACAAAGUAUUUCAAUCCCUAAAGAGGAUGUAGCGGACUCUGAGGAGCCUCCCCAAGCAGUUCUUGUUACAACUGAACCUCCAUCUGAGAGUGAUCAAGAAGAUUCAGCUUACGUUCUACUCCCGAGGAAAAGAAAAAGGAUUUUGAAAGCCCUAUUAUUAAAUAAGAAGCCUUACCUUCAGAAGGGGCUCAAGCUUUUGGAAGCUCAUUUGAAGCCCCCUGAGCUGGAUAUUUCAAAAGGCAAAAGGAAGCUGCCCAAGUUUGAAUUUAUAGAUGUUGGUCUGCUUCAUAACAGAGUUUUUGAUUUGGAACAGAGCUCAGCUGAAAAGGAUUUAAUUAUUGGAAAGCAGGACAUUAGAAUCAGAGAAAAGAUUUAUGAUUCUAGUUCUGGUCCAGUCAAUCCAACUUCUCAAUCUAUAAGUGAAACAUUUGUAAGACCUGCUCCGGAUGCAAAUUUUGACACAUUUUUAUCUUCUGAUCGUGCUUCUGCUCAUGAAAGAAGAGACAUGCAAAUCAGGGUUGAGCAGCUAAGAGGGAAGAUGCUGGUGAUGAAACAUUUGGACCAAAAUGCUCCAGGUGAUCACCCUGAGAUGUUUUUCAGGCAGAAUGGGAAGAAAUUUACAGAUAAAUAUGGGGACCACUCUGGCAUUUUGAUGUAG